UGAUUGCCUAAGGCAACCACACUAAUAAUAUGUGCGAUAAUAGUAGUGUGAUUGCCUAAGGCAACCACACUAAAUAGCAAACACAGGAAUAACAUAGCAUGUGGAGACCCCAGUCGACGCGAAACAAGUGUUCGAACAGCCCAAGUUGCGCCAUAUUUCUUUUGUAUUAGUAAAUCUGGGCACUGAUCUCAUGCCAGGGUAUAAUAUAUCCCCAGGGUCUGAGCAAGAGCAUCAUAUAAUCACGUGUUUAUACAGGACAGUCAUAAAACAGUCUAAAGAUCAUGGUGAUAUCAUACCACUAGAAGAAUCACUGCACACGAAUAUCUCGCUGGUAAUUUCCUUCUACCCUGCUCUCCAGCACACGGGUCUGUCUUUUCAGCCCUCAGCUGUGAUACUUCAUGAAAGACAUUGAGGACUGACUACACUGUUUACAAUGAAGAGUAUUCUGAAAGACAAAAACAUCAAGGACCCCCGCAUGCGGGUGAAUGUGGAGACCGCUGGCCAAAGCCACUCCAUUGGGGCCGUGCGCUGGACACACCUGGAGGAUGACCUACAGGCACACAGCAGCGUCCCCAGCACCAGCAGCUCUGCCUCUAAGACUAAGGAUCUGAGAGACCUGCGCAAUCUGCAGGAGUGUGUUCAGUUCAUUCAUCAGUGGAAGAAGGAGGUGGACCAGCUUUGCAAGCCUGGCAGUAACACAGGAAAAGGCAGUAAGAAGGCAGAGAAAACAGACCCUCAUACUGAGCACAGCAAGGAGGACUGCCGAAAACUCAUCCUGAAGUGGGCAGACGAGCUCAACAAUGUGGACAUGCUGUUUCAGCAGAGUCCAUGGAGACAGGAGACCGCUGCAGCAGAGGAGCAGGAGAGCAAGGCUGAGGGCAUGGACCCCAACCAACAGGGGCAACUGAGGAUCAUGGAGUGGGCCAAAGAGUUACAGAGCCUAUCCAAGGUCAACGGUGUGACAAGGGAGGAUCUGGGUCUGAUGCUGCACCAGCUAGAAGUGAGAAAGAGGAAACUGGCAAACCUUCUUCCCUUCCUGGAGUUCAUCACAUGGUCCUUGCUGAAGGAUGACAAUAAGGGUGUUGUACCCCAGCUGUGGUUGUUAACAAAGCAGCGCUCAUGGAAAUUAGGAAUGCCAAAAUACAUCCCAAAUUCAGUCUGGUGCUGGAUCUACAGCGCCAAAGCGAAUGUAACUCUGGACCCCAUGACCAACCACCCCUGGCUGUUGCUCUCUGAUGACUGUAAGAAGGUCCAGGAGGCCCUGGCCGAGGCAGAGGUGACCUACAGCAAGCAACGCUUCGACAGCUGGCCAUGCGUCCUUGGCUGGGAGGGCUACUCCAGCGGCCGGCACUACUGGGAAGUAGACCUGGCCAACAACGGCUACUGGAGGGUGGGGCUAACCACAGGGUCCUCCAAGAGGCAAGGUCGCUUUCCCAUGAUCCCCAGCGAGGGCUACUGGACCCUGUGGCGAAGCACUCGUCAGUUCUAUGCCUGCACCAAGCCUGAGACCCCACUCCCCCUGAAUCAGGUGUCACGUAAGUUGGGAGUUUACCUGGACUACGAGGAGGGCCAGAUAUCCUUCUACAACAUGGAUGACAAGUCGCACAUCUUUACGUUCACUGACAACUUCCGCGAGAAGCUCUACCCGCUCUUCGCCCCGCUGGAUGGGCGUACCCUCAUCACGGUCUCUUCACCCAGUUCGGAUCGCUCUCUCUCAUAACCCAAUGGCCUGAAGCCCAUAACCCCACAACCUCUCAUGUUGUGUCUUGAUGCACCCCUCCCUCUGGCUCCAUGUAAAACCAAAGAAAAGGAGCAGCCAUGACAUUUCAGAAAUCAUGAUUUCAUAUGAGCAAACAAAAAAUAAUGGCAACCUUUCAGUCAACCUAUUUUCGUCAGGCUGUGUAAGAAUGGAAAUGUACUCUUGCAUCAUAUUCACAUUAGCAUUCAUUUAAGCAACUGGUUAUAAUGAUUUUUAAUUAGUGGUGCAUGCAACUUCAAGGAAACUCCCUUGCUGAACCAGGCAGUAGUGCAAAUGUGUGCAACAGUGAGAUGUAUGUCAUGUGGUCAGAGGGUACAGUCACACCCAGAGAGAGGCGGUGCACAUCUAUUCAUGUGCGUAAUCACCAGAGAACAAGGUUUAAGGUUGUGAAACCCCCACCUAAAUUUAAAUUCUUUUGCACUAAAAACAUUCCUACCCUCUAUUAGUAUGCCUAGCAGAAGGCACAGCAAAGUGAAAGUGUAAUGUUCUCGCGCUAUCAUAGUUUCAAACACAAGCCACAUUACCAAACACUGUCUCGAUGCAAAGAACAGGCGUAGGUGCAUUUUGAUCCUUAACCAUGGGGCCAUUGUUAACUUUAUUCAUGCAGUGGAUGGGGUUUGGGUUUUCCCCUACAGGGUGGAAUGUGAUGGGGUUUGGGUUGGAAUUGGGAUUAUAAUCGCCGUUUACAAGGCCUUUGUUCAAUGUUUUCCUAUUACCUGUAACUUUCAUAUGCCAUCAAACAAUUACUAUGACUCAGUGCACAGAUCGGCAUAGUAGUUAGCACUGUUGCCUUGCAAGAAGGGUAUAAGUUUCGGCUGGCCGAAUCCAUCUGUGUGGAGUUUGCAUGUUUGCAUGUGAUUCUGCCAGAUACUAUGGUUUUCUCCCACACCAAAUGACAUGGAUGUCAGGAUAGGUAUACUCCUGCCAUUGCUCUUGUCCAAAGCACUGGCCUCAGAACUGGAGUUGGUCCCAGACCACUGCACUGUGGCUGCCCACUGCUCCUAAGUACUGGGUUCAAUGCAGAGGACAAAUUACCCCAUGGGGUUAAAUAAUGUAUUGUCUUACUGCAAAGCAGGUGAUGUGCGAACGACGCCAGCGCCAAUUCUGCAUACUCCAGCCUAAUCUGGAUUCAAUCCUGGACCGUGGAGGGUCAUCGACGCACGAGAAUGAGAACUCUGAGUACUCUGAAACCCAAACCAAGUAAAACCAAUGGCCUGUGAUAGUACUAGAGGAAAUUACCUGUUUCUAAUGGGAGACCAAGAUUGUGAUUCACUGCAGUCAGCAAAGGUCCCUCAGCAGUUAACUGAGGUGGAAAGGAUGCCCUUGUACCCUGGUAAAAUUCCAAAUACUGCUGGUUUGCCUUCCAAAUAAAAUCUCUCCCUUUAUAGCUGAUUGUACAUGCAAUCAUUUUCAAUCCCCACUUCUUGUUAAAACAGAGCACAGAGCAAAACUAAAGCUCUACGACUAUAGAGCAAAACUAAAAUAAAUAAAAGGAAUACAUCGUCUCUGAGAUCAUUA